AUGGAGCCGGAGGAGGGGAAGAUCUCGGUGUGGGUCUGCCGGGAGGAAAAGCUGGUUUCUGGGCUAACUAAAAGAACUACCUGCGCUGAUGUGGUCAAAGUCCUACUGGAGGACCAAAACCUGCAGCAAAGCGCCUCAGCAGCGAUGCUGUCCGGCUGUCCGCAGUCCUACUGCGUAGUGGAAAAAUGGAGAGGCUUCGAAAGGAUUUUACCCAAUAAAACGAAAAUCCUCAGACUGUGGAGCGCCUGGGGGGACGAGCAAGAGAAUGUCCGCUUCGUCCUGGUGAAGAACGAGGCCUCUUUGCCAAACAACGGGCCCCGCAGCGCGGAGGCCCGUGUUGUCCCGAGCAGGGAGGGCGGUGGACCCGGCGGAGUUUUCAAGGGCACGGCCAGGACCUGCUGGACAGCCGCGGCAGCCGCCGCUAAUAUGUCCCAGGAGAAACAGAGACGCAUCGUCAGGAAGGCUUUCAGGAAGUUGGAUAAGAUGAACAAAAAGAAAGAACAGGCUGUUUCUAAAGAUAAGGGGUCCGUUGAGAAGAUGGAGACCCUGGUACACCUAGUUAUCUCUCAGGACCACACCAUCCGACAGCAGAUCCAGAGAAUCAAGGAGCUGGACCGGGAGAUUGAGCGAUACGAGGCCAAGGUGCACUUUGACCGCAUCAAGAGACACGGGGUGAAUUAUGUGCAGGACACAUACAUGGUGGACUCUUCGGAGGCGUCAGCCUCAUCGGAAUGUAAACGUAAAGCAGAGCGACAGGACGCAUGGUGCACAGUGGAGGCGCUCGUACAGUUCGAGGAGUACGCGCGCCAGUGUGAGGAGGUGGUGCAGCUUCAGGAGGAGCUGACAGAGCGCGAGGCGCUCGUGGAGUGUAUAACGGGGGAGAUCCAAGAGGAGCUUAACCGGCGGUGGAUGAGGAGGAGGCGGGAAGAGAGAGGAGCAGAGGCUGCUAAGGACACUGACAGUGCCUCUGAGGAGGUGUGCCUAGGCUCCUCCGCUCCGCCAGAGAAAGAGCCAGAGGUAGAAAGUUUGUCAGAAAAUGAGCUUGUUCUGGAAGAGGAGAGGAUCAAAACACAACUGGACACCAGUCUGUACAUUGGCUUGCGACUUAAGACCGAUCUGGAUGCCAUCAGGGGAGACUUGGACCUGAGUCUAGCUCUUUGGGAGACCAAGGAGAGUGAACUGCUGGACCUUCUGGCCAAAGUUGAGACCAUGGAAAUAGAGCAAGUAAACAGCAAGCUGACUGAUGAUGGCGAGGGGGAGGUGGGUGCAGUGAGUACUGAGAUUGAUCCAGCAUCAGCAGAAAAGAGUAGUGGCUGGGUGGAGCAGGCCAGAGGUCUGUCCAAAACCUGCAAUACAAAUGAUGAGGACUCAGACACAGGCUUGAGCUCCAUGCACAGCCAGGACUCUGACAACCCACCUGUGUGCGAGUCACUGGUAUAG